AUGGAGGGAGGCUUACCAGACGGAUUCCUGUCAGAUCAAACACUUGUGAUGAAGAGCAGACAGCUGGUGACAGUCUGUCAUCUAGGAGGAUUGUUCUUCUGGGUAAAACUGGUGUUGGGAAAAGUGCAGCUGGAAACACAAUACUGGGACAGAAUGUGUUUAAAUCUGAGCAGAGUACAUGUUCAGUAACCAGUGAUUGUUCAAAGGAACACACCACUGUUUCAGGCAGAUCUUUGUCUGUAGUUGAUACUCCUGGAUUCUUUGACACAUAUAUGAACCCUGAGCAGUUAAUAACAGAGAUAGGGAGAAGUGUUUAUGAAUCCAGUCCUGGACCUCAUGCUUUUCUCCUUGUGUUUCCUGUGCAUAUGAGAUUCACUGAUCAGGAGGUGCAGAUUCCUCAGAUCAUUGAGAUUAUGUUUGGUCAGGAGGUGUUAAAAUACUCCAUCAUUCUCUUCACUCAUGGAGAUCAGCUAAAAAAGUCUGUAGAGGAAUUCAUUGAGCAUAACAGUAGAUUAAGACAUCUAGUUCAGCAGUGUGGAGGCAGAUUUCGUGUCUUCAACAAUGAAGAUGAGAAUAACAGAGAACAGGUGAAUGAUCUACUGCAGAAGAUUGAUACAAUGGUAGAGCAGAAUGGAGGUGGACAUUACAGUAAUCAGAUGUUUCAAGAUGCCCAGAGAUUCAGACUAGAGGAAGAGGAGAGGAAACAGAAAGAGGAAGAGGAGAGAAAACAACAAGAGGAGAUUGAGA